ACGUUCAAAUGAAGGUAUUUUUAUAUAUUUAAUAAAAGAAAGUGGGCUCAAGGUGGGCCCAAUAAAGAUGGGCUUUUGUCUACCAUGCGCGGUGAAGCAUGGUUUGUGGUGGUUUACUCAUGCUUUGUCUCCUCCCCAUUAAAUAUCCAACGAGCUGGCGUUUUUGAUAACACAUUGUCGUCACUGGGGGUUUAAAACGGCACGCUGUUGGCAUGCAAAUCCGCGAAACGUCAUUUAUCAGUCUCCUUCUAUUUGGCGGAGUUGAAAACCCUGAUACGAGCGUUUCCAGAUUUCUCCCAAACGGAAUUGCUGAUUCCUACCAGUGAUAGUUUAUCGGAGUCUGUGAAGCAGAUGGGAGCAUCAGAUUCAACUCUGCUAGGCUCUCAGGAAAAUCGAGGUGGUGAUGUGAUUACGACCAUCUCUCAUCGAUCCGAAAUAGUCGAUCCCAUUCUCGAGAAUCUCAAAGCCCUCACAGUUAGUAGGCCAAUAUUGAAGUCUCCUCCCACGGAAAGUAGCUUAACAGAUAUCUUAGUGAGAAAAGCUCUAUCCAGUUCCUCUUCCAAUACGGUUGAUCCUCAAAUACUUCUAGAGCUCUUCUCCAUUUACCGACAAUGGCAAGAGAGCAAAGCUCAAGAUAUUACCAAGAGGCAGGAAGAUAUAGAAAACAAGAUAGAAGUGGCAGAUGCUUUGGCGACUAAAAUUUUACAGAGGUUUAACCACUCUGUUUCUGCAAUGAGGACAACUUCCCAGCAUUUAUCUCAAGUUCAUGGUUUGCAGGUGGAGCUCGGGGAGCUUAAAGGAAGGUUAACUGAGGUGAUCAGCAACUGCGAUACAUUAUGUAAGAGAAUUAAUUCUGAGGGACCUGAAUCUUUGAGGUCCACAGUUACGCCUUUUUCUCUUGCAUCUCCCGAUUCGGUCAGUAUAAAUACUACUACUCUGUCUUCUAUACUAGAGGCAUAAGAGUAAAUACUCUUAAUGAUAGUUAGAUUGGUGAAUCGAAUACGUCUAGUUCUACAGUAUACUUUCUGAUCUCCUCUGAUUUUGCAUAGAUUCAUGAUGAUGCUAUUGAUUGAUCUCUUUUAUUACAAAUCAUUAUUUUCUUUUGUCAUUUCAUCUUUAGGCUUUCAUAAUUUUUAAGUUGGUUUAUUUUCUGAUUGUGAGCAGUAAGAAACCAUUGUUGUGAUAAGAGAAAAUUCAUAUGUAAUAAAUAUGCUUUGCUUGCC